AUGAGCCGGAUGAUCCCAGUGGCUCAGGCGAGCACGCCGCAAAGAAAGACCUCAGGUCGUGGGAUCAAGAGGCGUUCGGCGUUCCGAUGUGGUCUGUGCAGCUUCGCUGGAGACUCGCAGCUGAGUCUGUCCAUGCACAUGACGCAGGUUCACAGGCCAUGCAACAGCAAGGUAGCGACCAGGUCGCGUUGCAUUGAGGCUGAGUUGUAUCGUCGCUUACGACUGGCGUCGCCGGAACAGCGCAAGGAGCUGCUGCUGCGGCACCUCAGCCAGGCUCAGCGCGCGGCACUGGAGAGAUGGAUUCUGGCAAACAACAAGGGCGAGAUGAAAGAUGGUCGGAGACGCCUUUUGAAGCCAUGCGCCAAAGUGGCAAAGCUUCGAAAUCGCCGAGAUGCAGGAAUUACACGGCGUUGCAGACGACUGGCUUCUGGCAAGACUGCUUUCUUCUAUGUUGCCCACGCCUCUGCGGGCCCAUUUCGACUUUGCACCAAGUCCGUGCGCGAUUUUGGCGUGGCUGUCCGCCAUAGAAGACUACUGCAAGCCAUAAAGCAGGAGGUGAGUGCGAACGCACAUGGUUGUAUGCCAGAGCACCUGCCGCAGAUCUUUGAUCGUGCCGUUCAGGAGGUGUUUGCCAGUGUUAGGCAGACUCCGCGAGAUGUCGGACUUAGCUUUGCUGCGACGGUGCCGGCAAAGUAUUGGAUCGGCAGGGAGCUGCAUACUCCUCGUUAUUCUGCAGAACGGAUGGAGGCGGGACUGGCGGCAUUCCAGGCGCUAUGCCGAGCCCGGGAUCAGGUUCAUCGUGGCCGAAGCAACCGAUAUUCACUCUACAUGUUCAGCAGCCCGAUGGAGAUGGAGGCUGCGUGGACACAACUUCGUCAGGAGUAUGUUCGUAUCUGGUCAGAGGCCGGCUGGGACCGCAAGGACAGGAUUGCAAAUUGUCGAAGAGACCACAUUGCAGGGAGCCGAAAGAUAGUUCGAUAG